ACUUGAUAAUCUGAAUUAUGCAGUUGUUAUUUGUAAUUACGAUGAGAUGAAAUAAACCAUGUUUAAUGUGGCUGAGUUUUUAUGGAGUUGAAUUUCUGUGUUUUGUUCCACUUUUUAGUUGGCAAGUUUGAAUUUUAUAUUCUAAAAGAAUCUAAUUUUUGGGUGGUCGCGUGGUUUUGCAAAGUUAUAAACAUAAACAUGUUUUUCGUCCUGGGCGAGAUUAAUGAGUAUAUGGACACGAGAAUGAUAAAUCCUUCAAACUGAAGAUACUAUGGGCAGCCUAUUCAGCAGUAUUGAAUGAUUGCCGUUAAAGCCUAACCACAUAAUUGCCGGUCUUUGCCUUGAACAAUUAAAGGAAGUAAAUAACCAAACCAGAACUGAUUGGUCACAUUUGGUGCUCUUUAUUACACAGCUCUUGUAUUGUAUGACAGCUUUUUAUGUUUCUUAUACAAUUAUAAUUUGGAAAUGAUUAGUCCCUUGACGAGAAAGACUCCUGUCUGCAGAAAGUGGUAAAUACUUACCUAAUUUUAGCGGUGUUCUAUUUCUAUGUCCAGAUUCCAGAUCUUGUUCUGUAAGAAUCUGGUAGAGUUGUCAGUUAUCACCGCAGAAUUUUUUCUUGUGGAUGUCUUGUUCUCAGUCUGUUCAUCAUUUGUUAUUGGAAAUAGUUCAGCAUAUUGUAGUGGCAAUGGUAUAUGUUACAUUAUGGGUGUGUCUGUUAUUAUUUAUUUAUGAUAAGUUUAGUGUUGCUAUUUGCUAUCAUUUUCAGGAAUUUCACUCUAUCGCUGACAGUGGGUGGUAGAAGUGAUUUCAAUUCAAAUGGAGCAGUAUGAAAUUCUAGAACAAAUUGGCAAGGGUGCAUUUGGUUCUGCUCUGCUUGUGAGGCAUAGGCACGAAAAGAAAAUGUAUGUUCUUAAAAAGAUUCGUCUUGCUCGUCAAACUGACAGAACCCGUAGAUCUGCCCACCAGGAGAUGGAGCUUAUUGCUAAAGUUCGAAAUCCAUUUAUUGUGGAGUAUAAAGAUUCCUGGGUAGAAAAGGGUUGUUUUGUAUGUAUCAUCAUUGGCUAUUGUGAAGGAGGGGAUAUGGCUGAAGCUAUAAAAAAGGCUAAUGGAGUCAACUUUUCUGAAGAGAAACUUUGCAAGUGGCUCGUUCAAUUGCUGAUGGCUCUUGAUUACUUACAUGGAAAUCAUAUCCUUCAUCGUGACGUCAAGUGUUCAAAUAUAUUCUUAACAAAAGAUCGAGAUAUACGUCUAGGGGACUUUGGUCUUGCUAAAAUGUUGACAUCUGAUGAUCUUGCUUCCUCAGUCGUUGGGACUCCAAGUUAUAUGUGCCCAGAGCUUCUUGCUGAUAUACCCUAUGGCUCGAAGUCAGAUAUCUGGUCUUUAGGAUGCUGUAUCUAUGAAAUGGCUGCACACAAGCCAGCUUUUAAAGCACUUGACAUACAAUCAUUGAUUAACAAAAUAAACAAGUGUAUAGUAGCUCCCCUGCCAACUAUGUAUACUGCUGCUUUUCGAGGGCUUGUCAAAAGUAUGCUGCGGAAAAAUCCAGAGCUGAGGCCAACUGCUUCAGAAUUACUAAAUCAUCCGCAUCUUCAGCCUUACAUUCAAAAGAUUCACCUUAAAUUAAAUAGCGCCAGAAGAAGUACUUUUCCUUUCCAAUGGCCGGAGCCAAAUUAUGUAAGGAGAACUCGGUUCGUGGAGCCAGAAUCUGUUUCUACUCUUUCUGACCAAGAUAAAUACUUGUCAUUUAGCAAGGACAUGGCACUGAAUCCUAGUAUUUCUGGAACUGAACAAGUUUCUCAGUGUUCUACUCAAAGAGCACUUGGAUUAUCCACUUGUUCAGAAGAGAAAAUCUAUGAACUAUCUGUAGGUUGUGUAGGUAACAAAUACAAUGCUGACACAUCAAAAGCCACGAAGGUCUCAACAGUUGAAAGAGCACCAAGAUUGAGGGCAGUUACAGCUUCUGCCACUGCCAAAAGGCAGACAAUGGCACCAUCAAAGACAACCUAUACUGGUCCAAACAGAGAUUCACUUCCAGUAUCUAAGGCACCAUCUGGAAGGUUUUCCACACCACCAAGAGCCAGGGCGACAACAAACUUGUACACCAAUUUCUGUGUCCUUGGAAGUGUGGACUCUCCUAAUGUCUCUGUUAAUGCACCACGAAUCGACAAGAUGGCUGAAUUCCCAAUGGCUUUCAGUGAGGAUCCCUUUUUCCCUGUUCGUGGACCAUCAUCAACUUCAGCUCGCUGCUCUUCAAGCUCAACACGGAGUACUGCAGAUUGUUCCAUCACAAUGGUCAAGUGUACAAUUCAGGAGGACAAAGUUACUGUCCCCAACAUUGUCAGUGAUGCUUGCCCUGGUCCAAAGGCAACUCAAUACCCUUCUGAGCAUGUAAAAGCUUGUGUUUCUAGUCGCUCCUCUGCUGAGGUGGAUCAGCGCCGGUUUGACACGUCAUCAUACCAGCAACGCGCAGAGGCUUUGGAGGGUUUGCUGGAGUUCAGUGCCAGACUCCUUCAACAACAAAGGUUCGAUGAGCUUGGGGUGUUGCUAAAGCCGUUCGGGCCUGAGAAGGUUUCUCCUAGGGAAACAGCUAUUUGGUUGACCAAGAGCUUUAAGGAAACUGUGGUCUAAGGUUUUCUUUUCAUGCACGUUCUGAUCAUUGCUAACGGAUAGUGUACAUAAUGUUGUGUAUGUUGACGGUAGAAUAAUGAAGAGUGGCUUUUAUUAGUGGCAUUAGCAUUUUCGAAUUCAGAU